GGCCCCCAGGGGGAGAGCCUUCUCUGUGGGGGCACCUACCAUCUGGAACGAGCUCCCCCCAGAGAUACGGAAGAUCCCGGACCUGCGCACGUUUCGCCGUGCUCUCAAAACUUUUCUAUUUCAGCAAGCUGGCCUGGCCUAACUCCCAUCUUUUAAAUUUUUUAAAUUUUUUAAUUUGUGAUUUUAUAAUUGGGUGUUUUAAUCUGUGUUUCGGCCGAAAUAUUUAAUAAUUUUAAGGGAUUUUUAAAAUAUUUGUAUUAUCUGUAUUUUAUCUUGGCUGUUCACCGCCCUGAGUCCUUCGGGAGUAGGGCGGUAUAGAAAUUUGAUUAAUAAAUAAAUAAAUAAAUAAUAAGAGGAUGUGGCUGAAGGAUCCGGACUCCCCACUUGGAGGGCCCUGAAGAGGUGGAGGGCUGGAGUGCCCAAGGGGGACCAAAAUGCCAGUUCUCCUUGAGAGAAAAGAGAGAUGGAGGCAUUCAACAAGGGGCAUCUGCUGAAGCUCGGCUGCCAGGAAUGUGGCCCACCCUCGCCCAAUGCUGUGCAUUGCCAGGCAGGUGCAGUUAAGGCUGCUUCUGCCCAUCUAGACAGUGGAACGUGCACCCCCUUUGUAAGGUCAACUGGCAAGCCAAGGAAGGGAGGGAGGAAAGGAGGGAGGGUCUGGCUAUGAAGCUUUUGGCCAAGGAAGCCCAAAAGGCAGCCACAGCAUCAACCUCUCAGAACACUUUCGCAUGGCAGUUUAGAAUUGAGUGGUUCUUCCAUGGUCUAUGACCGUUGAAGAGUCUGUGAGCAUCCUUGGUACCUCUCAGCAGGUAACACACGUUUUCCCAGGCUUGGGUUCAGGGUCGCCACAGAUAAACCCCCCCCCAAGCUUGUUGUAGAUUUUGGGGGUAAAAACAGGGAGUUUCCCCCUCUUCCAGAAGGCCCUGCGAGCUUCUAAAGAGGCAAGGGCAGAGCGGGAAGGGGAUUCCCUGCCCCCAUCAAACAGCCACAAAACAGCCUCUGGCCUGGCUGGGAUCUGUGUGUUUUUCUCAAAGAGCAGCUGCCUCCCUCCCUCCCCGGGGAAGCCAAAUGUGUCCGGCCUCCCAGCUCCUCUUCUUAAAGUCAGCCGAGACUCCGGGCUGCUCUUUACCUUCAGGACACAGAGAUACUUGUGGUAGCUUGCCCCAGAGCGACUAAUGCUGUUUUUGCAUAGGAUCCCCUGAGCAAAGGAUGACACUGUCUCAAGGGAAGGCAAUUCUCUUAUGGAUAUUCUUGUUCGCCCUUUUAUCGCUGGCCAUUUUCACCUACCUGGACAGGGACGAGAAAGGAACCCGGAUGGACAGCACCGGCUCCCAAAAGGUGACACACCCAGCGGGUCCGUGUGACAGCCAACCUUCGCCACAAGAUGGAGAUGAGCAUUCAACCAAAGAACCAAGAGAGAUACCGCUGAGCAGCUGGUUUCACCCAAGCGCACGGACAGAGGUGCCCACCCUGAGCCCGUGGUCAGCCCCUAUCGUGUGGGAUGGGACGUUUGAAAGCGCCACCCUCAACCAUCACUACAAGCGGCAGCAGGUCACCGUUGGACUGACCGUUUUCGCCAUUGGGAAGUACCUGGACAAAUUCCUGAAGGGCUUCUUGAUUUCCGCAAACACCUUCUUCAUGACGGGCCACAAGGUCAUCUUCUACAUCAUGAUCGAUGACCUCUCCAAAGUGCCCGAGGUCAAGCUGGGCCCCCAGCGGACGCUGAAGCUCUUCCGGGUCAAGCAGGAGGACCGCUGGCAAGACGUCAGCAUGAUGCGGAUGAAGACCAUCGGGGACCUGAUCGAAGAGUACAUCCGCUUCGAGGUGGACUUUCUCUUCUGCAUGGACGUCGACCAGAUCUUCCAAAGCCACUAUGGGGUGGAGACCCUUGACACGUCCGUGGCCCAGCUCCACGCCUGGUUCUACAACGCAGACAGGAGCGCCUUCACCUACGAGAGGCGCCCCGAGUCGGCCGCGCACAUCUCGUAUGAAGAGGGGGACUACUACUACCAUGGAGCGGUCUUUGGGGGCGCCCCGCUGCAGGUGCUGAACCUCACCCGGCAGUGCUACCAAGGCAUUCUGCGGGACAAGGAGCAGAAGGUGGAGGCCAUCUGGCACGACGAGAGCCACCUCAACAAGUACUUCCUGCUCAACAAACCCGCCAAGUUGCUCUCCCCCGAGUACUGCUGGGACUACAAGAUCGGCUCCCAGUCCCAAAUCCAUAACGUAAAGUUGUCCUGGAUGCCUAAAGAAUACCAAGAGGUCAGAAACAACUUUUGACCUGCCCCAACCCCUUGCACAGACCAGAGCUGGCCUGCAGCCAAGGACACGUGAAGAGCACGGCUGAGCCUCACUCCUUCACCCCCUGCAGAAGAGGGUGGAGCCGGGGACCCAGGUGGCAACAGUGAGGAAGCGUCCAGCUGUCUUCUGCCACCUUCUACGGCCCCUCCUGCCCACUUCGUUUCUCUCAACAUCGGGCAGCAGACUGUUCCGGGCAGUCUCUGUGAGCCCCUCCCUAUUUUUCUGCAUCAUCCAUGACAACUUGUGGUGUGAGGUCGUGUGGCUCAGCUCCCCUUCUUUUGAGAGACUCUUGGCUCAAAGACAGAAUCGGAACUGGGCUUCCUCAACAUUUAAACCUUUAUGCCUUUCAACCCCAGAACAAGUGAAUGUAGACCAAACAGCUGGGGCAUUCCCCAUCCUUUCUUUUAGAUUUUGUACAGUUUCUCACUUUUCGGUGCUUGGAACUUUUCUCUGCUCCUCCCUCAAGUGGCCCUUCUCCCGUUGCAAGACUCUUCUCAGGCACGCAGAGACCUCCCUGGUGAUCCCAAGAUAGGGCGGCAGGGCAGGGCAGGGCAGGAUUUCACUCCCACACGGGAGGGGAAGUUGGGGAUGGAAAGCAAGAGUUCAGUGAGGACGCACCCCCACACACAGACAUCAAGAAUCCAGGAAGUGGCAAAUCUUUACACAGCAGGCAGGGUCUGCAGAGGAAGCCCCCAGACCAGCGGCCUCCAACCUUGGCAACUUUAAGACUUGUGGACUUCAACUCCCAGAGUUCCUCAGCCAGCUUUGCUGGUUGAAGUCCCCAAGUCUUAAAGUUGCCAAGGUUGGAGACCCCAGACCCUCUUUUCAGGUCCUUCGGCUAUCAGAUCUCCUGGGGGAACCUCCUCAAACGGGCUUCAGGGAGCCACGCUGAGCCAAUGGGUCAGGCUCUCCCUGCUUCCUCCUCCCCAAAGCUUCGUUUUCCAAAAUGGGGAUUAUUUUUUCCUCCCCUGGGGAUUCAAAUAUGCACAUCGAAGCACAACAGGUGCUUAUUUGUCUCUCUCCUCCAUCCCAAUAACAACCAAAGUUGGCAGCCUGGACCAAAUUGAACAAAAGCCGCUGCUUUUAUUCCCGUGCCGGUACAGAGGACAGGACGGAGGGGCGCUUUGUCCCUCUUGCACCUGCCAAGGUGCUUGAUUCACCUUUGUUUGUUGAAACACCUGCCUGCCGCCUCACUUUCUGAGCUCAUUUGCACAAGCCAUGUUCUGCUGUGUGUGUACUUGACGGUGCAUUCCCCUGGAUUGAUGGGAUCUAAAAUUAGACGCCGGUCCUCCUUCCAUUCUUUCCCUUUUGUAGUUUAAAGUCCGGCUCCUUCUCGUCCUUGUGGGCACAAAGGUUUGGGACCGGCCUGCACAGGGACGCUGCUUGGGGCCCUGUUUGAGCUAAAGAGGGAACUCAAACCCUGGGCCUGCCCCACCGACCUCUACAUGCACCCUGAUGGAGCCUCCUUGAGUAUUCAGGGAUCCGGUUUCAAAACCUUCUGUAUCUCGAAGGUCCCGUCAAGAAAGUGGCCGGCACAAGGGCCCUCCGCCUUGUUUUACCACACACAAAUACACCUGCCAUCCACCGGGAGAUUUAUGAACUGGCCUUGUGCAGGUGAUAGGCCUAGAAAGCUGGCUUCCCUAACUACCUUUAGAAAUCGUUACCUUUGCCAAUUUAUUGCCUUGUAAAUGACAAAACAAUAAAUUCAAAUCUUA